GCCUGCCCGCGCCGGGCAAUCCCGGCAUUCAAGAGGCGGGACGCCGGCGGGGUCUGCGCCUCUAACCCGCGACCGCGGCCACCCGCCGCUUGCUCUUUCCGACGGUUCGUGCUCUCUGGUAACCGGAGCAUGGUCCGGGGUCGCCCCUGCUGGAGCGAGGACGCCGAGAGGGAGGAUGGUGGGCUGGGGGGUGGCGGUACUCUGUCUAUGGGUCUCUUGUGGCUGUGACGCCGGACAGCUGGAAUACUCCGUGUUGGAGGAAACCCCGCGGGGCGUAGCCGUAGGCAAUGUUGCCGCGGACUUGAAGCUGUCAGCAGUUGCUCUGUCCUUGCGCAACUUUCGCUUCCUUUCCAGUCACAGCGAGCCCUACUUUGGGGUGGACCUGGGCAGCGGUAGCUUGGUGGUCCAAGAGCCGGCGGACCGUGAGCUGCUCUGCGGGGCCAGAGCUACUUGCAUCUUGACUUACGAGCUGGUGCUCCAGGACCCGCUGGAGCUGCACAAGAUGCGCAUCCACGUCCGGGACAGCAACGACAACUCACCUCUCUUCCCUGGCAGCGAUGUGCAGCUGCAUAUCCCCGAGUUCCUGCUGCCCGGAGCCCGUUUUACUCUCCCGAAUGCCCAAGAUGCUGACGAGGGAAGCAACGGGGUGCUAAGCUACAGCCUGAGCCCCAACCAGCACUUUCGCCUAGACAUGGGGUUGCGGGUCGACGGCAGCGAAUACCCGGAGUUGGUAUUGGAGGAAGCGCUGGAUCGCGAGGAGCGCGCCACCCACCAGUUAGUGCUCUCCGCCCGGGAUGGCGGGCGGCCCGCGCGCUCCGGUGACACACACGUCACCAUCAUCGUGGUGGACACCAAUGAUAACGCGCCCGUAUUUGAGCGCACAGUAUACCGCACCAAAGUGCCAGAGACUGCACCCAACGGCACUGUGUUAUUCCAAGUUCUGGCCUCGGACCCGGAUGAAGGUUCCAAUGGGGAAAUCCGGUACUCCUUAAGCAAUAGCACGCGAGCAGAGCUGCGACGCCUCUUUCACGUGCAUCCUAGAAGCGGGGAGGUGAGAGUAGCUGCCUCACUGGGCCCACCUGAAACGUUGUUGGAGGCAUAUGUCGAAGCCAGGGAUGAAGGAGCCUUUGGUCUAGCCAGCACUGCCAAACUCCUGGUGGAAGUGACCGAUGUGAAUGAUCAUGCCCCCGAGGUGAUCCUCAUGACCCUCUCCAGUCCAGUUUCUGAGGACGCUGCUCCUGGCACCGUGAUUGCUUUCCUUAGUGUAAAGGAUGAAGACCUGGGCCCCAAUGGUCAGGUCAGCUGUAGCCUGUCCAGUGGAGGUCCUUUUCAGCUGAAGGCUUCCUUUGACAACUACUAUAGCUUGCUGACUGACGGCCGAUUGGACCGGGAGCAGGUGAGCGCCUACCAGGUGUCCAUCACGGCCUCAGAUGGUGGCUCACCCCCUCUCAGCACCCGGAGAACGCUGACUGUGUCAAUUGCUGAUGUCAAUGACAAUACACCAAGCUUUUCUCAACCUCAACAGGAACUUUUUGUGGCUGAAAACAAUGGCCCUGGGGCCUCUUUAGGCCAGGUGUUUGCCCAGGACCUGGACCAGGGGAAGAAUGGCCUUGUCCUCUAUGAGCUUCUGGAUAGAGCCUCUGAAGGGCAGGUGGCCUCCAGCUUAGUGGGGGUGGAGCCAUCCAGUGGGACUAUCACUGCCAAAAUUUCCUUUGACUUUGAGCAGCUCAGGGGGUUUCAUUUCCAAGUGGAAGCCCACGAUGGUGGCAUUCCCCCAAGAAGUGCAACUGUGACGGUGAACUUGUUUGUAAUAGACAGAAAUGACAAUGCUCCAGUCAUCUUGUUUCCCUUGCCCAGAAAUGGCUCUGUCCCGGUGGAAAUUGUGCCCCGUUCUGCCAGAACUGGGCACUUGGUCACAAAAGUGGUAGCAGAGGAUGCAGACAGCGGCUCGAAUGCUUGGCUUUCCUACCACAUCUCUCAGGCUUCUGACUCCAGCCUGUUCAGGAUUUCAGCCCAUAUGGGAGAGCUCCGCACUGCUCGAUUAGUUCUGUCCACAGAUGCAGUUAAACAGAGGGUGGUGGUAGUGGUCCAGGACCGUGGAGACCCACCACUUUCCUCCUCUGUCACUCUGGGGGUGCUGUUGAGUGACUCUGCCCCGCAGGUCCUUCCAGACUUCGAAGAUGCCUGGGAAACAGGAGGGCACCUCUCUACCCAGAACCUGUAUUUACUUAUUGCCCUGGUCUGUAUUUCCGUCUUAUUCCUGGGGUGCUUAGUUUUCUUUGUGUGUGUCAAGUUGCACCAGAGCCCAGGUUGUUGCUCUCUGAGCUACCGUCACCAUCCAGAGUAUCUGCAGUGUAGAAGGAAAAUGACUGCAAAUCCCUGCACAGCAUCAGCCACAAUAGAUGUCACUACAGUUGAGAGACUUUCCCGGACCUAUCUCUACCGGGCAUCUCUAGGACUUGGCUCUGAUAACAACAGUUUGCUGUUGUGCGGGGAAUACGCGGCUGCUGACCUGAGAAAUCUGACCACAGGGAUAGGACUGAAUUUGCCUGUGUCCUGUAUUCAGAUUUGGAAUGGCAAAGGGGACCGCACAUACGUCACUGCCAUGCCUCGACAGCCCAACCCUGAUUGGCGUUACUCUGCCUCCCUGAGAGCUGGAAUGCACAGCUCCGUGCACCUGGAGGAGGCUGGCAUCCUGCGGGCUGGCCCUGGAGGGCCGGAUCAGCAGUGGCCGACGGUCUCCAGUGCGACACCAGAACCAGAGGCGGGAGAGGUGUCCCCUCCAGUAGGUGCUGGUGUCAACAGCAACAGCUGGACCUUUAAAUACGGACCGGGCAACCCCAAACAAUCUGGUCCCGGUGAGUUGCCAGACAAAUUCAUUAUCCCAGGAUCUCCUGCAAUCAUCUCUAUCCGGCAGGAGCCUACUAACAGCCAAAUUGACAAAAGUGACUUCAUAACCUUCGGCAAAAAGGAAGAGACCAAGAAAAAGAAGAAAAAGAAGAAGGGUAACAAGACCCAGGAGAAAAAAGAGAAAGGGAACAGCACGACUGACAACAGUGACCAGUGAGGUCAAUUAAUGGAAACAAGCCACUUAGCCAGUUUUUGUAAUAAUGGCGAAUCUCUCCCAUGUAGCAACUCCCCGCUCCUUUCUCCCACCCCCAGCCCACUCUCAGACCUCAGAAAUCUGCACCAAGUUCCCUGUGUCUGUCUAGAUUGCAUUUAACAGGUUUUGUCUUAAAAGCUUUACUAAGUCUGGUGUUAACUAUUUCUCUCCACUCUGGCUUGUUUUCAGAACCUAAAAAGCAGACCCAAGUUUCCUUUCUCCUCCGCCGCAAAGGAGAGGCCUCCCAGCCCCGCCAGUGAGAGGUUGGACUCUCUGCCCUGUGCUCCGGGGAUCCUGUCUUGAUGACACUUGCAGGGCAGGCCGAAAGGCUCUGAGGUUGAGCAACUUGGGUGGCUGUGGCCACCGGGUAUGUGUGGCCACCGGGUAUGUGAGUGCCCCGCAGUGGCCGGGAUGGGCCAGGUUAGGCUAGCUGGCGCCAAGUGGGGGUUACCGAUUUGGAGGGGAAACGUGAAACUGAAAGGGACCAGACUUUCUAAAUCUUACAACUCAAGAGGCAGUGGCCACCUUCUAGCAGACAAACCACCCCACUGACAAGGCUUUAGGAGUCCAUAAACCUAAAACCUGCAUUAUACCUGCAAGCCAAGUGUUCAGUGUUUCACGGGGGGCUACCUGGGGUGAUGGAAGCAGACCUGAUGUGUUUCCUGUAGAUGUCCUUGUGCUCACUUUAUUAAAUAUUCUUUUGCACACAAUGUUUAUGAAAAGGCCAGAUCCUUUUCCAACAGAUACAUAUAUGCAAAAAUGAAAGAAAACCCCAGCACCUCACUUUUCUUAUUUGAUAGUUAUUUAAAAAGAGAGAAAAUCUAUAACUAUAAAUCUUUAAGAGAAAUAUGAUGAAUACAAGUCCCCUAAAUGCUCCUCAAAAGAGACUCCGUCUACAGCCAUUUAAACGAGCGUUGCUGCUACAGAAGUGCUUUAAGAGAACUGCCUGAACAUCUGUAUUAUACCGGCCACCUGCCAAUCACAGCUUUACUCUUUCAGGUCACUCUGGGGCUGCCUCUUGCAUGUAUUAAUUAAUAAAGGAUCUUUCUCUUUCUCUUUUCUAAGAAACAAUUUGUGCACUUUGAAUACACAACCUUCUCUAGCCAACUUCUCAAGACCCAGAAAUUGAAGAAAGAUAGUUUCCACAUACAGACAGUGAGCAGACUUUUCAAUCCUCUCCACCCGUGACGUGUCUUGGUGUGCUAGCCGACACCGCCUCUUUGGCUUAGUUUUCCUUUUCUAUGACACUCUGACUUGCUGAUCUUAUUAACACCUGUUACCUGAACUCACCCCCAUAUGUAUGCUGUAUGCUAUUAUAAGACUCCUGCGAUGUACUCACUCUGUGCUUGUGUAUGUGGAUGUUAAUGCAACUAUUACCUAGAGUGAACUUUAAGCUUUAUUGUCGAAUGUAAUUCCAUUAUAUUUCCUCUGUACACCUGUGGAAAAGUGGCGUAGUGUUUUUUUAGCCAUUGUUAACCAGCUUUGUGUAUGAAAGACACAGUAAAAUUUCUUUCUUAAAUCAAGAAACUGGUGAUUCAAGGAAUUUUAUUUAUGGUCAGCAAAGAGCCAUCUCUAGCCAAGACUCCUGCUGGCAAGGGAUUGGAUAAAGCUGUUUUUUUCUAGUAACAAUUCUGGAACGAAUACUGAAGAUAUUCUCUGAGGGUGUGCAAGCACAAAAUACACCAACCUGACCUCUUCGAAGUUACAGAAUGCUUUGAAAUUCUGCUGACAUUUGGAGUAUCAGCUCAUUGAGAAAAAGCAAUUUUAAUUUUAUUAAAAUGUACAAUUUAGAAGUUUGAUUAUCUUUUAAAAGUUAACAAAAGAGAUAGGAGUCUGUUACUAAAACAAAAGCAUUAAAUCUCAACAAAAACUGUUUUGUCUAUUUUUAGCUUCAUUCUCCCAUAUUUGGAAGGGUGUGUAACUUCAGCUCUGCAGGAUUGCAUGGGGUAAAACGUGUUGCCAACACAUGUAAACCAUUGCUACAUUGUAGGUUGUGAUCAUUUUGCCCCACUGAAACCCAUGUACCUGACCUUACGUGCCUUUUGAAUAGUAGGAGAAUCGGGCUAAUUUAUUAAUGAUGAUAAUUAUAAUGUAUCUGUACAGCACUUUUUACAUUUGCAAAGUGCUUUCCAAUCCAUGUUAGUUACUAGUUACUACAGCUGUAAGGAUAAAACACGUCAUGUGGAUUCAUUUUUAAUUGGUGCUAUUGGUAUUUCUUCUGUUAUUGCUAAUAAAUGGAAAAUGGUGGUAUGAAAGAAAUGGUGGUCAUUUCUAAGUUAAAGGGUAGGAGAAAACAGAACAUUAUCAUCAGCUGUUAUUACUGAA